UCAACCCAUGAACAGCUAUCAGUACAAAUUUUGAUAUCGAGCUGAACAGACGUAGCUUUUAAAUUGCUAAAAAUGGGUGAAUGGGUGCGCUCGUCUGUUAAUUCUCCUUUACCGCCUAACGCCUUUCUUGCUGGAAGGCAUAGUGAUGGAUCAGAUAUGUAUGUGGGUCGUGCUAUUCAUGAGGGUGAUAUACUUCCAGCCAAGCUGAUUCCCAGAAAGAGAAAGGCCUUUAUAUCUUAUGACAGAUUGGAACAUGAAAUUACCCACUAUGAUGUGUUGGUAGGUCAGGGAUACGAUUGGGUUGCUAGCGGAGAUGGGCUUGUUCCGGAUGAUGCAGUCUACACUGGAAGAACUAGUUCUGGUGAACUUCUUUAUGUUGGCCGCGCAGUGUAUAAAAAUACGAUGACUGUAGGAAAAGUGCAUCCAUCGAAUGGCUGUCUCUUUCUGUCAUUUGAUGGCGAAGAGAUUUCUGUUGAGAGUUAUGAGGUGUUAGUCAGAAAAUAAAUCCAAAUCAUUUUAUUCAUUCGUUUGAACUAAUUGUAAUCAUUUACAUACUUAAAUUAAAAGCAGCGCCAUUUACAUAGAUUAAUAAAUAUCCAUUUAAUGCUCAA